UCAACAAAGUUAUAUUCUUAGAGCCAAAGGCUGAGAGGGAUUGAAAAUUUUGAAUGAAUAUUUCUUGACUGUUCAGGAGAGGAUAUGAAGGUACAUAAAUUACAUAACAGUCUACACGGAUAAAGGAUUAUACCCGGAUAUAAUGAGGUCUUUGGCUGAAAAGCACGCCAAGUUUAAUUAAUAUGAUCACAGUGCCUACGCCUGUACGCAUCUGACGUUUGAUAGGAAAUGAGAUUCUUUAGAGGUUGUGUUGUCUACUUAGUGAAGCAUUUAGAGUUCCAGUCAUUAAGGAGCUUGUCCCAGGGCCAUGCCAACCAAAUUAUUCAACACAACAGAUGCCAUUGUGAACAAGUCAGGAAAGCUAGUGGCAAACCCCUUAGAGAAAAAGUAACAACACAGUGUUCAAGUGAUCUAUCCAGUAAUAAAGACAAGUUAGUUUCAAACUCUCAAUAUAACAGUAAAACUCAUGAUAGCAUUGUAGCCAGAAAGGAAGAGGAUGACCCUGGAUUAAGUGCUUUGGUCAAUGAGAAUGUUUGCAAAUCUAACCCUAGUUGUUCUAAAGACAUUGUGCUGGGUAAGGGGAUGCCCCCAGAACCCCCGGUGGACUGCUGUAUGAGUGGAUGUGCAAACUGUGUGUGGAUCAUGUAUGCAAAUGAAUUGAGGAACUAUUACAAGAAAGACGGAAAUGAACGUGCCAAAAAAGAAAUAGAAAAAAUUGAAAAUCCAUCGCUCAAAAUGUUUCUCAAACUUGAGCUUGGUCUUUUAUAACAUUGAUAUUUAAAUUGAAGGACAUACAAUAUGCUCAGGGAUCUGUUUUACAAAAGGAACUAUGAUUAAGACUGAGAAAUAUGUUGCCAAAUUACUUGUUUUUUGUUUUUGUGUUAUUUUAAAAUUAAUUCAAAAGCAUGCUUUUUGAGCAUUAUUUUUUCUAUUUUGUAAAAAUAUUGAAAGAUAAACAAAUUUCACAGGAUUUCUAAGUAUGACAGAUUUAAGAACAAGCUAAAAUUUUGGUCUUGGUCAUAAGUUCUUUAGGAAAAUGGAAUCCAGAUCUGAAUGUGAUACUAAACAUGAUAUUUAUUGAUUAUUGUAACUGAGUAUGUUAAAUAUGAUGUGUAUGCAAUUGAAUACUCUAAUGGGUGAGAGUGUGACUUUUUAAAAUGAGGUAAUAUGUAAAAUUUUAGUUCUUUGCAGGGUAAGUAAUAUGACUGUUUCCCCAAAUUUUUAAAGUUUAAUUAUUACAAUUUUAAAAAGCAAGAAAUUGCCGUGAUUUUCAAAAGGCAAAAA